AACAUGUUGAACAGGUUAAAAUCCCGCCCUGCAAUGAAGCUUAUCUUUUCUCCAUAUAUUUUCUAACUGAUGCAUUUUGCUUUCUCCUAUUUUUAAGAAUGAGUAGAUCCAUUCACAGCUUAUGUUCAUCUCUUUGUUCCAUCAAUUAUAAUCCCAUCAUUCAAAUUACAUUUGUUUGCCUGUUGCUUUUUGUUGUUCAUGUAGAAUCAUUAUUCUUUAACUUCACUCAUUUCGACUUAAACAAUGCACAAAACAUCAGCUACCAGAAUGAUUCGAUGCCUGCAAAUGGAGUUAUGCAGCUUACAAAGAAUAGAGCAGAUGUUGGUCCCCAAUUUAGUGUAGGACGAACAUCCUACUCUCAGCCUGUGCGUCUUUGGGAUCGAAACACAAACGAAACAACCAAUUUUUCAACCCACUUCUCAUUUAACAUAACACAGAUGAGAAGAGUAGCUGGUGAUGGAUUUGCCUUUUUCCUUACGGCCUUUGAUGAGUCUACAGCUUAUGCUCCAGAUUAUUCAGCUGGUGGAUGUCUUGGUUUGAUUGGUGGCCAUAAUCAUACUUGUAAUAUCACUAAUAAACACCCCUUUGUUGCUGUCGAGUUUGAUACUUACAACAAUUGGUAUGAUCCGGGUUCCUUUCUGAGGGAUGCUCAUUUGGGAAUAGAUGUCAAUUCCUUAAAUUCAACAGCUUAUUUACCAUGGAGUGUAGUGAAUGGGACUGCGGCGAAUGUUUGGAUAACUUAUGAUUCUUCUACUAUGAAUCUGAGUGUCUAUUUUAGUUAUGAUGUUAAUCCUGUGUUUAAUGGGGAAUAUAAUCUUUCUCAUGUGAUUAACUUGACUGCUAUUCUACCAGAAAAAAUUAGAGUUGGAUUCUCUGCUGCUACAGGGACUGAUUUUGAAUUCCAUAAUAUCCUGUCCUGGGAGUUCAACUCAACCUUAGAAGACACUGAGUUUAGUGUGCUAACUAGGAAAAGCCAAAGCAAGCACAGAGUAGCUAUAGUAGGUGGCGUUUUAGGUGGUAUCGCUCUCUUAGUGAUUGGAUUAGGCUUUAUAGUGUUUCUAUGGUGGCAGAGGAGAGCUAGGGAAAGAAGUAGUGAUCAUGAAAUGAAUUUUGAUGUGGAUGAUGAUUUUGAUAAGGAAACUGGGCCAAAAAGGUUCACUUACAAUGAACUUAGUCAUGCUACUAACAACUUUUCUGAAGAACAAAAACUAGGAGAGGGAGGUUUCGGAGGUGUGUAUAGAGGGUUUCUGACAGAUCUUGACAGGUACAUAGCGGUCAAGAAGAUAUCGAGGGAAUCAAAACAAGGAAAAAAGGAGUUCAUGUCAGAGGUGAGGAUCAUUAGUUGUUUGAGACAUAAAAAUUUGGUUCAGCUUCUUGGUUGGUGCCAUGAACGAGGAGACUUACUUCUUGUUUAUGAAUGUAUGCCAAAUGGAAGUCUUGACUCACAUCUAUAUCGGAGCAAGAGAAAGAGCGUGUUGCAAUGGACAAUAAGGUACAAUAUUGCCCAAGGCUUGGCAUCUGCUUUGCUCUAUCUUCAUGAGGAAUGGGAGCAAUGUGUGUUGCACAGAGAUAUCAAAUCAAGUAAUGUCAUGCUUGAUAUUGAUUUCAAUGCUAAGCUUGGGGACUUUGGGCUUGCAAGGCUUGUGGACCACAGUACAACCUCGCAGACAACUUUGUUAGCCGGUACCUUAGGAUAUUUAGCACCGGAGGUUUUUAAUACAGGAAAGGCUAGUAGAGAAGCUGAUGUCUAUAGUUUUGGGGUUGUAACUCUUGAAAUUGCAUGCGGAAGGCAGCCUAUUGAUUAUAAAGAAGAGCCUACUAAGGUGAAAAUGGUAGAGUGGGUGUGGAACCUCUAUGGGGAAGGCCGUCUUCUUGAAGCAGUUGAUAUAGAACUUGAAGGAGAAUUGGACACACAGCAAAUCAAGUGCUUAAUGAUGGUUGGCUUGUGGUGUUGCCACCCAGAUCAUACUUGCCGUCCUUCUAUAAGACAGGCGAUAAAUGUUCUGAAUUCGGAAUCUCCUUUGCCUACUCUGCCUUCAAAGUUUCCGGUUCCUAUCUAUUGCUCAUCCCCGACGAAUGUAGAUAGUUUCCAUAUCAGUACCUCUACCUCCUCCUCUGGUAUUACAGGCAGCAGUAGUGGUACUACAAACUCUUCCCAUCAGCCAGUUGCACCUGGCACUUCUCCUUUGUUGUCUGAGAAUUCUGAUGUUUGAGUAGAGCACGUUUUCAUGUUGGUUACUGACUUAGUGUAGGUGUAUGCAUUUUUUUUGUGUCAAAUUACGAAAUCAAGUAUUUCAUACACUUAGCAGCAUGUAACCGUUUCAAUUUAAUUUCUGCUGGUGUAUAUCAGUAUAUGACUGUAUGUUUGUAUCACAGAUUCACAGUUACUUA